AUGGCGGUGGCCAAACUUCACGGCGGCGACCUGUCGAUGCGUCUACCUUUCCCUGUGCAUUACCGGCGGUUUUCGAAAACUCCGAGCAAUGGCUCUUUCGCUCCACGGAGGUACAUCGUUCCCAUGGCGACGGCGAAGAGAAGCCCUAAGCGUCUCAAAUACUCUACUCCUCGCUUCACCAAGGAAGGUGGAUUUCUGUCGAUAGAGGUCGAUCCUUCGGGUGCUGAUUCGUGGAAACUGGAAACUGUCAUUGAGCUUCUCAAAAAAGGAGCUGUUGGUGUUAUCCCCACAGAUUCAGUAUAUGCAAUUGCAUGUGAUUGUAAAAACCCUUCCGCUGUAGAACGUCUCCGAAGGAUCAAAAAGAUUGAAUCUUCCAAGCCACUUAGCAUCUUAUGCCGUUCUUUUCGAGACAUAGACACAUACACAAUGGGGUUCCCUCGUGGUGAUGGUCAUGGUCACGCCAAUGUUUUUCGAGCCGUCAAGCAAUGCUUACCUGGUCCUUACACCUUCAUCUUGACUGCAAGCAAAGAGCUACCCAAACAGUGCGUAGGGUAUGGCACGACAAGUGUGAAAUACGCAUCGAGAAAAUACGUUGGUGUCCGGAUAUCUGAUGACGCUGUGUGCCAAGCUAUCUUGCAGGAGAUGGAUGCUCCGCUGAUUUGCACCAGUGUGAAAGGGCCAAAAGAAAAUGAAUGGAUGAUUGAUCCAGUCGCAAUUGGUGACAUAUAUGGACCAGAGGGUCUGGAUUUUGUGGUGGAUGGAGGUGUACGAGUGGCUGAACCUUCGACCAUUGUGGAUAUGACAGGACCAUAUCCCAAAGUCAUACGUGGAGGGAAGGGGCCUAUAUUGCCAUGGAUGGUGGUUGAGGAGGAGGACGACGACUCUCGCCUGCGCCAAGAUCUUAUCGCUUCUGGAACUUAA